ACCAACUCGGCCGAUCAGCAUCAAAAUUGAAAAAUCGGACCCGUUCAACGCGCAGCCCGAGCUUGCGGUCAUGUUGAUAGAUUCUCGUGCCGAGAAAGCCAAGAUUGCUCAAAUGCAGACGCGUUUUCAAAGACCCAGGCCAGUGAAACAUGCUGGCUUAUAGCAGCUGGUCAACCCGCUUGACAUACGUCCUUUUCUGUGCCGCUGCGCCGCAUCAACGUCGCUGCAUCCGCACCGCCAAGUCGAAGAUGCCCCAGAUUUUGUGUGUGGCAGAGAAGCCAUCCAUAUCUAAGGCCGUCGCAGGCCAUCUGUCGGGAGGGCAGCUUCAAACACGCAACACUCGGAACAAAUACAUCAAGAACUACUGUUUUGAGUUCGAUUUUGGCCCACCAUGGGGCAACUGCAGCGUGACCAUGACCGCCGUCACGGGGCAUCUCACCAGCACAGACUUCACUUCGGAAUACAAGAAUUGGAACUACCCACCCCCCGUCUCAUUGUUCGGGGCUCCCAUCAACACGUCUGUCUCGAAUGACAAGGGCGAUGUCGCCAAGAACAUCGAGGAGCAGGCGAGGUACUGCAGAGCUCUGUUCAUUUGGACAGAUUGUGACCGUGAAGGGGAGCACAUUGGAGGGGAGAUCCGGGAUGCAGCUAAGAAGGGAAAUCCCCAGAUCGAGAUCAAACGAGCUCAGUUCAGCAACAUUGAAAGGGCUCAUAUAUUAAACGCGGCUCGCCACCUGAGGGAUCUCGACCAGAGGCAGGUAGAUGCUGUCCAGGCUAGGAUCGAGUCGGAUUUGCGGACUGGGUACGCCUUUACUAGAUUCCUCACUAACAGUCUACGCCCACUCGGUGGCCCCAUUCAAAAGGCCAUGAUCAGCUACGGGUCCUGUCAAUUUCCCACCCUUGGGUUUGUUGUGGAUCGCUACUUCAAAGUGCAGAACUUUGUGCCGGAGGACUUCUGGGGUAUCAAAGUGACACAUAAGAAAGAUGGCCUCAGCGUCAACUUCAACUGGGAGCGGCACCGCCUCUUUGACAGGGCUGCGGUCGUAAUCCUUUACGAGCGAUGCCUGAGCGCAAAGCAGGCAAAAGUCACCAAAGUGCAGGAGAAGCCCACCAGAAAGUUCAAGCCCCUGCCUUUGACGACCGUUGAGCUUCAGAAAAUGGCAACCAGGUUCCUGCGCAUGACUGGUCAGCAGGCCCUGACCGUGGCCGAGAGUCUAUACAACAAGGGUUUCAUCAGCUACCCCAGAACCGAGACGGAUCAAUUCGACAAGGGCAUGAACCUCCGGGAACUCGUGCGAAAGCAGACCCAGGACAACCGCUGGGGCCAAUUUGCCCAGGAUCUGGUGGACAACUCUUUCCAACAGCCGAGAAACGGCCGCCACAACGAUAAGGCCCAUCCUCCCAUCCACCCUAUUAGUUACGCAGCGCCUUCAGUCCUGAACGACCAAGAAAAAUCCCUAUACGAGUUUGUCGUCCGCCGGUUCCUCGCAUGCUGCUCCGAAGAUGCAAAAGGCAUCGCUACGGAUGUGGACAUCCUGUACGGCAAUGAGGGCUUCCAUACUCACGGUCUCAUCGUCUUGGAGCGCAACUGGCUCGACGUGUACCCCUACGACAACUGGACAAACACGGCCGAACUGCCCAAGUUCACCGUUGGAGAGGUAUUCGUGCCCACGGAGGCGAUGAUGACCGAGGGCAAGACGACGCCGCCAGGCUACCUGACAGAGGCGGACCUCCUCGCUCUCAUGGACGCGAACGGGAUCGGCACGGAUGCCACGAUGGCAGAGCACAUCGAGAAGAUCCAGAUGCGGGAGUACGUCCAGGCCGUGGACCGCGCGCAGCCCGCAGCCGGCGGCGCAGACAGCGAGGAAGGGGCAGAAGCCCCGGCCACGAGAGGCGGACGUGGUGGUCGAGGGGGCCGGGGCAGCCGCGGCGGGCGCGGUGGCAGGGGAGGUCGCGGCGGCGGCGGCGGCGGGGGUGGAAGAUCCGUCAAGGUCUUCGUACCGACACAGCUUGGCGUCGCCCUUAUCGAGGGCUUCGACAGGAUGAACUUUGAGACGAGCCUGGCGAAGCCGUUCCUGCGCAAGGAGAUGGAAAUCAAGAUGAAGGCCAUAUGCGAAGGCAGGACCUCCAAGGAGGACUUUUUGCGCCACAACAUAUCGCAGUAUCGUGCUGUCUUUGAGCAGUCGACGGAGCAGUUGGAUGUGCUAAAAAAUGCUUGCAGACAGUACUUGUUUCAGGGCAACGCUGGGUGAUAGGGUGUCCCGCGGCGGUUGAUCCAUAUUUUGAGGGAUUCCGACAUCAAAAACCCCUCAACAAGACGUUUUGUUCGCCGUGGCUUCCAGCACGCUGCAGUCUGCUUCAGCCCGGGUAGAUUGCACAAUAUUGUGUCUCGAGGCGUGGCUUGCGGCGCCACAACUGCACCAUAUGGUGUCGGUGACAAGAAUUCGUGGAAGUACUUGAAUCCCAACUCAAGUCAAGUGGCCUGUGGACACUCCAAUGUGAGACAUGUCAUGUAUAUUGCUGCGGUCGAUCUGGAAAGCUUCUGGCGACCCAGCAUCUCCGCGAGCGGGACGGGCAAGCUAUACCGACCCAAUUGCCUAUAGAGUUCGUGUAUAUUGUAUCGGCUUCGUGAAGUGGGACGGACUUGCUAGCGAUGUGGAAAUAAAUACAAAUGUCUGUACCAG